UCUCAAAUAUAUGCACGUGCAUAUUUAAAUGUACAUAAUAAUGUAUUGUUUUAUGUAAAUACAAAAGCAUACAUUAUAUACUAACCAAAUACAAACCUUUAUUUUGGAUUUGAUUAAUCACUAAAGUGUGAUUGAAGAUUAAAUUUGGGGCACUAAGACACUCAGCCUGCGGCCUUGUGCCAUCGCAUGCCUCCCACCAGUGCCUAUAUACAGCCAUAUCACACUGCUACUCGUGUGAUACUGCUCAUAUAUAUAAAUUGUCAAAAGUUUGCUUGUCAGAAUCACCAUAUUUUUGGAAAGAGAUUGCAUGAGUGUAAACUAAAUCAAUCUUUGAAGAUAAAUCAUCAAGUUAAACACACAAUACUUAUCAAUUCUGCCCUCUUCUCAAUGUCGUCUCCAGAAUGCAUGAAGAUGAUGCUCCACUGGCUGCUUCUUCAUCUUCUCCGGCGUCUCUAGCACAGAAAGAAUCAAAAAUACCUGGAUCUACGAUUUCCUCACCCACAGCUGUUCAUCCUCAAACUACGACCGCAGACAGUCUGGUCCACAGCAUCAGAAGCAAGUUUCUAAAUGAGCUUCACAAAGUCCCAUUACCGUCCUGGGCUACAGCAGCGCUCGGCUUCAUCACAGUCUUCAUCGUCCUCAGCUGCUGUCUGUGCAUCUUCAGGAAGAUGAUCUUUAAGAAGAAAAAGGAAAAAGGAGGGAAAGAGAAAAAUGAAAAGAACGACAUCAACAUGUCUAACGUGAAAGAGGAGGGAACAAAACAGGCUGUUCAUCACACCACUGAUUCUGAUGCCAAAGAAGAAGACUCAGAGUCAAAAGAGGCUCAGAAACUGGGAAAACUUCUUUAUACCCUUGACUACAACUUCACUGACAGCACGUUAAUUGUAGGUGUGAUUCGGGCUGAAGGGCUUGCUGCUAUGGACAUGAGUGGCACUUCAGAUCCAUACGUUAAAGUUUACCUCCUCCCCGACAAGAAAAAAAAGUUUGAGACUAAAGUUCAUCGCAAAACACUCGAGCCGACUUUUAAUGAACACUUCACCUUUAAGGUACCGUAUGCAGAGCUCGGAGGGAAGACGCUGGUCAUGACGGUGUACGAUUUCGACCGUUUCUCCAAGCACGAUGCGAUCGGGGAUGUGAGGCUGCAGAUGAAUAAGGUGGACUUCAGCCAUCUUACUGAGGAGUGGAGAGACCUGCAGAAAGCUGAGAAAGAGGAGCAAGAGCGGUUAGGUGAUAUUUGCUUGUCUCUGCGCUACGUACCUACGGCUGGAAAGCUGACCGUGGUCGUUCUGGAGGCCAAAAACCUCAAAAAGAUGGAUGUGGGUGGACUCUCGGACCCGUAUGUGAAAAUCCACUUGAUGCAGAACGGCAAAAGACUGAAGAAAAAGAAAACCACGAUUAAGAAGAACACACUGAACCCAUAUUACAACGAAUCAUUCAGCUUUGAAGUGCCAUCUGAGCAGAUUCAGCUCAGGAACAGAGCAGCGCCACUGGUCAGACAUGCUGGCCAAUCCAAGAAGACCCAUCGCCCAAUGGCACGCGCUUAAACCUGAAGAGGAUGUGGACGCCGAACUGAUAAAGAAGUGAAGCUGUGCGUAAAAGAGCAUUCGUAUAUGAGUCAAAGAUGAGUUUUUCAUAGAAUAUGCUCAGAUUUCUUUUUUUUAGAGCAAAAAAAUUAAAUGCCUACCAUAGAUUUUUAUCAUGACUUUAAGUUUAUACUAAAGUGUUUAUUAAGAACAAUUUGAUGACACUUUAAAAUAUUUGAUUUAAGGAUCACUGAAGUAUGUAUUAAUCGUCAUUUUAAAGCUCUAAAUUUUAAAUAUUUUUUUUUUUUCAUAUGCCCACAUGUUUCUAAAAGCAUAAUAAAUCAUAGUAUGAUUUAAAUAAGUAUAACAUUAAAAGAUAUUAAAGGUGAUACAUAUAGAUUUAUUAUUGAUAAAACUUAUUUUGUCAAUUGUUCACUUGAUGCAGACAUAAAAAUGACACAUCUUUAACCCAUAUAUAAAUAUUGCAUUGCAUUCCAUCUGUGACUUUUGUGUGUAUAUGUAUGCAUGUUUGUAUAUGUAAAAUAUCAGCUCUAAGCAACAUUAAUUAUCAGAAUUACAAAAAUGUUCAUUAAAUAAUGUAUUAAAGUUGUAAAACCUAUUAUUAAAGAAACACAAAAAGCAUUCAUAAUGCAAUAUUUCUGAGUAAAAUAUUAUAUUCAGGAGUAGAUAAUGCAGACCAAGGUAUACAAAAGAAGAAUAUUAUUGGGUAUUAUUUGUGAAUAACUAUUUAGAGAAGUAAUUCCAAAUGUGGAAAUUUUGAUAUAUAGAAAAAA